AUGGCUGCUGAUCCAAAAACGGAUGAAUUGUUUGCGUUAUUGGAGAAUGGUCAAUUUCGAAGUGCUAACUUUCCAAAACAAGACUUCACUACUCUGAGAAAUGCAGAUAAUGAAAAUGUUCUCAUAGUUGCAGCCAGAACCGGACAAACAGACAUUGUACGAGAAUUCAUCAGUGAUUUCGAUUUAGAGGAUACAGAUGCUGAUGGUUGGACUGCACUACUUGAUGCAGCCUAUAUGGGACAUGAGGAAAUUGUGAAAAUUUUAUUGGAAGCUGGAGCAGCUGUCGAUUAUCCUGAUAUGCUGGGUUGGAGUCCACUAAUGUGGGCUGUGUACAAGAAUCAUUAUGCAUGUGCACAGCUUCUGAUCCAAUUCAAGGCUCAUGUUAACAUUAUUGAUGAAGAAGACAGCUUAACACCGCUUAUUGUUGCUGCUGGACGUGGCUACGUAGCUUUUGUGGAAUUACUCAUUGGAGCUGGUGCAGAAGUAAAUGCAUGUGAUAAAUUCGGAAGUACAGCUUUAAUUUGGGCUGCAAGAAGAGGUUACAAGCCUAUAAUCGAGCUAUUGCUUGAUGCUGGAGCUGAAUUAGAUGCUGUUGGGAUGUAUGGAUCGACUGCUUUAAUGAUGGCAACGCGGGGUAAUUUCAUCGGUGUUGUUAAAUUGAUACUGUCAAGGGAGCCAAACAUUAACACCGUCGAUCAGAAUGGCCUUUCACCACUUGCUAUUGCAGCACGUGAAGGCUAUGUAGAAAUUGCAUCGAUGUUCAUCCAGCUUGGAGCAUAUGUGAAUGCAGUAGAUAGGUUUGGAAAUUCAAUUUUGGCAGGUGCUGUACGAUCAGGAAAUGUAGAAAUUGUGAAAAUGCUUCUUGAAAAACAUGCCGAUGUCAAUGCGAGAGAUUCUGAGAAUAGAACAGCUCUUCAUUUGGCUAUAGAUAAGUCAUUCAUGGAUAUUGCAGUUGCUUUAUUGGAGAGGAAGCCAAACCUGGAAAUAAGGAAUAAGGACGGUGAUACGCCAUUAUUACGUGCUGUAAAAAAUCGACAUGUCGGUUUCUGCCAAUUACUGGUGAAUUCGGGUGCAAAAGUUUCGGCAACAGAUAACGCCGGUGACAAUGUAUUACAUGUGGCGUUACGGGCAAGAUCGCGAAAAAUAACACAAUCCCUCCUAUUGAAUCCAUCGGAUUCACGCUUAUUAUACAGACCAAACAAACUUGGUCAUACGCCGUAUUCAAUUGAUCAGGAAAAUCCACAGCCAAUUAUCCCUUUAAUUUAUGGACCACUGGAUGCCGAAGUGCAGGUGGAUGCUAUGCUUGGUUAUGAUAUUUACAGCAAUGUACUAGCUGAUAUUGUGUGCGAACCAAACCUAACAUUGCCGUUGACUAUCGGACUCUAUGCAAAGUGGGGUUCAGGCAAGUCAGUACUUCUUGACAAAAUGAAAAAUUCAAUGCGAUCGUUUUCAAGAUCUUGGCUCGAUGCAGUACAGCUUUCAUGGUCGUGGUCAUUGAUAUUCUCGGUAGCUGUUCUUAUUGCGAUGUUUACACUUAUCAGUACCACUGCUGUUACUUUUCUUCAAAACUUUCAUUAUAUUAUUAUUGUUGGUACUUGUGGCUUGAUCUUCUUCAUUAUGUGGUUACUUCUAUACGGUUUGAUUUAUUAUGGUAACAGCGUUAAAGGAUGGAACAAAUCCAUAAAAGUUGCACGUUCGAUUGCUAAAUUUUUAGCACAUAUGCGUUUACUGUCAAAUGUUGCACUGCAACAUAGUGCGUCAGUCCGAGAUAAGGAUCUCCUUUCCUGUCCUGUAAGUUUCUUAUUUGCUGAUUAUCAUCGUUUAUCAUCAGUUGGUGGUGAGCAGGCGCUAGCAAAAAUCGUUGCUACAUUGUUUGAAGCUGCUGAAAACCACUUUGGUUCACUUCCGGUACGCCUCUUUUGUGCUUUAAAAGUCUCAUUUGCUCGAGGCAAUAAACCAAAAACACGACGAGCAUGUGGUGUACCAAUUACUGUAAUGGUGUUAUUGUUGUUGUUUUCAAUCAGUACAGCUUUAAUUCUGCUUUCAUUAUGGCUUUACAAUGGAAUGAAUCUUCACUCUAGUUAUUUAUUUGGGUCUGUGUUGUUCUUCAUUGCUGCAGUAGUGCUUACUUUAUAUCCACUUUAUCUUCUUUUUGUGUAUGGAUUUGUUAAUAUGCCAAAGAGACGCAUAAAUAUUGCGGCACGGAAAAUCAAUAAAUUGCGUUUUGAAGGAUUUAUGCAAAAAUUGCAACAUGAAGUGAAUCUUUUGGCCAAUAUGAUUCGCUCACUUGAUUUCUUCACUAAUAGUCAAACUCGACUAAUUGUUGUAGUUGAUGGUCUUGAUAAUUGUGAACAGGAACGUAUGGUACAAACAUUAGAUGCGCUGGAGCUAUUAUUUUGCACUCAUGCUGAUCGGCCAUUUGUAGUAACUAUUGCUGUUGAUCCGCAUAUUAUUAUUUCAGCUGUAAAUCAUAGCAUGCACUCUGCAUUAGCAGGAACUGGGCUUACUGGACAUGAUUAUCUCAAGAACAUUAUCAACAUGCCAUUUUAUUUGCAUAAUUCUGCUAUCCGACAACUUCAAACAAAUUUACAUAACAAAAGAGAAAGCUUAGCUGAUUGGAAAGAAAGAUUCAAACGGCAAGAAACUUUUCAUGGGUCUUAUGUAUCUUUGCGAGAAGGUUUUGAAGGAAAAUCAUCAAGAAAGGUAACGGUUGUAGGAACUCGUGGAUUAAGUCGUUCAUUAAUAGCGGAUGAUUAUUUCUCCAAUAUGAAUCCUCGGUCAAUGAAGCGUAUUGUUAACGCGCUUACAUUAACAGGACGAUUAAUGCGUGCAUUUGAAAUUGAAUUUUCAUGGGUUUCACUUGGUUAUUGGGUCAGCCUAAUUGAGCAGUGGCCAUCCAGGAUGUGUUGGCUUAUUGAUCGUGCGUUGGAUAUACCACAAGAUUCUUAUCCGCUUGCGCAGCUCUACAACCAUCUGAAACAACAAAUUCCGACAAAGGAUCCACUAAUAGAUCUGGAUCGAAAUCCGGACAAUUUCGAAUCUUUCCUGGAACAAGCAUCCAUGAUUGGUCCGGAGCAGUUGACUGUCGGGCAUGUUCGUCGUUUUGUUCCCUGCACAUCUAAUUUGGAUCCUUAUCUUAGAAAGCUUAUCAGAGAAUGUCGUAUUGGUACCGCACAACCAGUUAAGUCAUUUGUUAAUCGAUCGUCUAACCUAUCUAGUUUAAUACUUGCUGGUCCUGCUUGGCACCUGUUUAAAGAUAAGAACAUUUGGCGAGGAAUCGAAGUACCACUUGUUGAAAUGAAGUUGUCAGACAUAAUUGAUUUGGUGAAAAAAUUAGAUAUUCCAAGUGAACGAAUAAGUGUUAUUGCUGAAAAAAUGAAUACAUCCAAUCUUACCGGUCUUGUUUUGUCAGCGUGUGAUUUAUCGGAAGUGCAAGAAACUCUUAAGCUGAAUUUGGGUGAUUGGACGUUGCUGAAAUUAUUGAUUGAAACGCUUCGAACUUGGAAACCAAUGACGUUUAUAGAUAAUGUUGAAACUCCUUCUUUGAUAUCGCCAGUUCCUGUUUUGGCAAUAUCAACUUCUCCAAGUUCAAUGCAAGAGCAAAAAGAUCGGCUUGAUAUGCAGACAGAAAUGGAAGGUGAUCAUAAGUGGAUACUGGAAAGUUUUUCUGGUAUGGAUGUUGCAGAAGUAGAUGAUGUACUUCCUGCUUCUUCUGUACCAUCCGUUCAUUUUGAUGAUGGAGUUGCAUCGGAACGAGAUAGCACUGAAAGUGUUUGUGGAUCAUAUGAAAAUUUGUUGGAUUCUGAAUCCAUUUUGCAAACCCGGGAAGAAUUAGGGAGCACAGCAGUUGUGGAUUCAAUUCAUUCUGAUGUGAGCAAUACAGGAACACAGAGUCGAUCAGCUUCUCGAAUUCAUCUACCAAAUAUUCUCGAUAUUUCCGAUAAUCAGCAAACAGUGAGAGAAGUAAGCCCAUCUAAGCGGCUUUCAGUAUUAGGUAUUUUUAAUCAUAAUCAUGGUGAUUGUUAA